ACACUUUCCCCUUGCACUCAAAUUUCUCGGCAUAAUCUCAACCCUCUCCACCUAAGCCUUCAACACAUUUCUAGUUGAAAAAAAAAAUAUAAAAAAAGCCCAAUCUCUCACGUAUGAUAUACAAAUAAAUCAUUGUGUUAUAAUUUGUUAUAUCCAAGUCCAUACAAUUUCUCAUUUUAAUUUGUUGAUAUAGUGAAGAGAAGAAAUAACAGCAAUAUGGAGAUUCACGAAAACCAACAAGAGUCGUGGUCGGAGACGGAGAGCACGGGAAGCCGAAGCAUGCAAGUGGGCUUCAGUGGGCCUCUGAGCGGGCCUUUGAGCGGGCCGUUAGUUUCCAACAAAAGGAACGGCAGCAAGAACAAAAGCGCGAGGUUCAAGGACGAGGACGACAUGGUGGAGAUAACGCUGGACGUCCGCGACGACGCCGUCUCGGUCCAGAACAUCCGCGGCGGCGACUCUGAGACGGCGUUCCUGGCGAGCCGCCUCGAGAUGCGGCCGUCGUCAUUCUCCGGCCGCCUGAGACAGGUGUCGCGGGAACUGAAGCGCAUGACGUCGAACAAGGCUUUCGAUAGGGUUGACCGUUCCAAAUCCGGUGCUGCACGUGCCCUACGCGGUCUCAAGUUCAUGACCAAAAACGCUGCAGGAACUGAAGGCUGGUCACAGGUUGAGAAGCGCUUCGAUGAGUUGGCCAUUGAUGCAAAACUCCCCAAGACUCGCUUUAGCCACUGCAUAGGGAUGAACGAGUCGAAGGACUUUGCCGGAGAGUUAUUCGAUGCAUUAGCUCGUCGUCGUGGCAUAACAUCAGCUUCCAUAACCAAGGAUCAGUUGCGCGAAUUUUGGGAGCAAAUUACAGAUCAGAGUUUUGAUUCGAGGCUUCAGACCUUUUUUGACAUGGUGGACAAAGAUGCUGAUGGGCGAAUUACUGAAGAAGAAGUAAAAGAGAUUAUCACCUUAAGCGCUUCAGCUAACAAGUUGUCAAAAUUACAAGAACGUGCAGAGGAAUAUGCUGCCCUUAUCAUGGAGGAGCUGGAUCCGGACAAUCUUGGAUACAUUGAGUUAUACAACUUGGAAAUGCUUCUUCUGCAAGCCCCAGCUCAGUCGACCCACAUAACAACAGAUAGUAGGGUUCUGAGCCAAAUGCUGAGCCAGAAGCUAGUCCCUACAAAAGAGCACAAUCCCAUAAAGCGUGGCUUUCGGGCACUCGCAUACUUCGUGCAGGAUAAUUGGAAACGCCUUUGGGUGAUAGCCUUGUGGCUUUCCAUUUGCGCUGGUCUCUUCACAUGGAAGUUCAUUCAAUACAAGCACCGUGCUGUGUUCCAUGUCAUGGGCUACUGUGUCACCACAGCCAAGGGCGGCGCUGAAACAACCAAAUUCAACAUGGCCUUGAUCUUGUUGCCUGUUUGUAGAAACACCAUCACCUGGCUCAGGAGUAAGACCAAACUCGGAGCAGUCAUUCCCUUUGAUGACAACAUUAACUUUCACAAGGUGGUAGCCUUUGGUAUUGCAAUUGGGGUUGGGUUGCAUGUGAUUUCACAUUUGACUUGUGACUUCCCAAGGUUGUUGCAUGCCACGGAUGCAGAAUACGAGCCCAUGAAACCAUUUUUUGGUGAUGAAAGGCCCAACAAUUAUUGGUGGUUCGUAAAAGGGACUGAGGGAUGGACCGGGGUGGUGAUGGUAGUGCUCAUGGCUAUAGCCUUCAUUUUGGCUCAACCAUGGUUCCGAAGAAACAGGUUAAACCUCCCCAAACCCCUCAAGAAGCUCACUGGUUUCAAUGCCUUUUGGUAUUCCCACCACCUUUUUGUCAUUGUCUAUGUGCUUUUCAUCAUUCACGGAUACUUUCUGUACCUCAGCAAAAAAUGGUAUAAGAAAACGACGUGGAUGUAUCUCGCAGUCCCCAUGAUACUAUACGGAUGCGAAAGGCUUCUUCGUGCGUUUAGAUCUGGUUACAAAUCAGUGAGGAUUCUCAAGGUUGCUGUGUACCCAGGAAAUGUGCUAGCAUUACAUGUGUCUAAACCACAAGGAUUUAAAUACUCUAGUGGCCAGUAUAUAUACGUUAACUGUUCAGAUGUCUCCCCAUUUGAAUGGCAUCCCUUUUCUAUUACAUCGGCUCCCGGAGAUGACUACGUAAGUGUUCACAUUCGAACUUUGGGUGAUUGGACAUCACAACUGAAGGCUGUUUUUGCCAAGGCGUGUCAACCAGCAAGUGGUGAUCAAAGUGGUCUUCUAAGAGCUGAUAUGCUACAAGGCAACAACAAACCAAGGAUGCCAAAGCUAUUAAUUGAUGGACCAUAUGGAGCUCCGGCACAAGACUACAAAAACUAUGAUGUGAUCCUUCUGGUGGGGCUAGGAAUUGGUGCCACCCCUUUGAUCAGCAUACUCAAGGACGUGUUGAACAACAUAAAGCAACAACAAGACUUAGAAAAAGGGGUGGUGGAAAGCGGGGUUAAGGACAACAAGAGAAAGCCUUUUGCCACCAAGAGAGCUUAUUUCUACUGGGUUACCCGUGAGGAGGGUUCCUUUGAAUGGUUUAAAGGGGUGAUGAAUGAGGUGGAAGAGAAUGACAAGGAAGGAGUCAUUGAGCUUCACAAUUAUUGCACAAGUGUGUACGAAGAAGGAGAUGCUAGGUCGGCUUUGAUCACUAUGCUUCAGUCCCUCCACCAUGCCAAAAGUGGUGUGGAUAUAGUCUCAGGAACAAGGGUCAAAACGCAUUUUGCAAGACCAAACUGGCGCAAUGUCUUUAAACAUGCAGCCAUCAAACACCCUGACCAAAGAGUUGGUGUUUUUUACUGUGGGGCACAUGGAUUGGUUGGGGAACUUAAAAGGCUUUCUUUAGACUUUUCCAGGAAAACCAGCACCAAGUUUGAUUUUCAUAAAGAGAAUUUUUAGAUUAUUUUCUCAUAGUUUAUUAUUAUUUUUUUGGCAACUGUAGUUACUAGUUAGAUAUAGUUCGAUCAUUUUUUUUCCUUGUAGAGGUAUGUAUAGCUAGCUGGAUUUGAUGCACGGAACUUGUAUCAAAAAAAAUUAUUCACUUUCAAGUAAUGUGAAGUUGUGAUAUGUUGUAAAACUUUCAUACUUUUAGGUUUCAGCUCAAAUGAUUAUUGUAAUUCUAUUGUAUUUAAAAACAGUAAAUUAUUAUACUAUUACCUUUUUUUUUUUU